AUGGAUUCUACUGAAUAUGCAAAUCGGUGGAAUUUGGCAAAGCAUCUACACAUAAACUUUCUGGGUCCAGUACAGUCUAAUGGAUGGCCAAGCGCUCACGAGAGGUUGUUCUCGGAUGUGCAGAAGCUAGGAAGGCGGAGGUUCGAUGAAUUUAUGGAAAGUAUCACUAUAGAUACCCUUGAAAAGCCCUGGAGGAAUGCCACUCGGAACCGUGCUGUGCGUCUCUCGAAGCUAGCCGAGGAAUGUAUGAGGGGCUUACGGAAUGAGAGCACGUGGAGAUUCACGAUCGAAAACGAAAUUAUGCAUCGGUUCUCAGUAGAGGUCGCUUGUAUUCAAUGCCGCAAAAGACUUUGGGAGUCCGAGAUUCCUGCAGCAACGGACAUCAUCAACUCGCAGGUGGAGUCACUGGAAGCUCGACGUCGCAAACGUAAGCCUUGUCAAUGUCUAAGGAGUUGGGGGCAGAAUCAAGAUGAUGGUGGUAUCAAUAUGCUCUUCUCAAACCGGGCCGAAGCAGCAAUAAAACAUUAUCCUGCAUUAGAAAUUGCUGCUCAGCCAGGAAGGCUGAAGAAGUACGAAGCCCCUGAUCGUGUUUAUGGGCUCAAGCAGACUGAUAACUUCAAAAUACUACUGGAUUCCAUCGACUCGCGAAGCCUGAUGACCUCCACCAGGCGGACACUACGUGAAACUAUAGAAUACAGUCCAUUUAGCCCCGAGGGCGAGCCAUUGUUAUACCCAUUUCUUAUCAUGGAGGCAAAGCCGAGCAAUGGCGCAGGUCGGGCAGAGGUAGACAUGCAAACGGCAUUCUGCAUCAAAAGACUUUUGAAACUGCAGUAUGACCUACGAGCGGCGACAGGAGAUGACACGCAAUGGCCUACGGGUCCACUUGUAUGGUUCUUGAAUUGGAGAGGGGAGAGUUGGGAUGUUUCUGUGGGGUUUCCCGAGACACAGCUGGACAUCAAUGUAAACCCAGAGAUAUACUACACUAUUGUUGAUUUGUGGCACGGCGAUAUUUCUGGCUUGGACGGAGCUUUGCAGCUUCUACUCAUUGUCGACUAUAUUUUUGAUUGGGCUCGCGACAUCUAUCGCCCAGCAAUAUUGGGCGAGUUGGAUGUCUUGGCGACAGGCGAUAUCACGGCACCUGACCCGGACGUCUUUUCCACGAUGUCUAGGAGAAUAUCAAGCUGGAUGAAUGCCUCAACUGACAUCCAAGGAACCCAGGCGUCAUUUAUUGGCGAACCUCCAGAUCUAAAUUACUUGAAUAUUGUUUGUCAGGAAGGCGUUAUUCGAGAUGCCUCAGUGAUUGAAUCGCGGUAUCUUGGCCUACAAAUCACCGAAAAUGAUGUCGAUACAUUUUUGCUCUCAUUCCCAUCUGCCAAGGAGGCAAAUAUUUGGGUUUCUGAUGUCCUAAAAUGUCUUUCUGGAUCAUGGAGAGUAAAUGCAGAGACCAUUGAUGCAUUGGAAAGCUUCUGGACUGUGGAGCCUAGGCCGAUUCGCGAGAACUUCAAGCGUGACGAGGUUUUUUAUCUCAAUAUGGCCAUUCAUAUGUUUGUAUCUGAAAUGUGGGAGCCGAUCCGACAGCUCACUUGCUUUUCUAUCACCGAAAGCGCCUUGCGGGUUAUUUUCUACAGAAUUGGGCACAUUGAUGUUCCUGAUUUCACACGUCACCCGCAAGUUGGGAGAAACGCCAUCGAAAGUCUUCUUGGUCGCAUAAUGAAACAAUCUAUUAUGGAGAACCUGACUGCAGUUGUCUCUAUGCUCUGCAUGGCAAGCAACUUCCACAGGAAAGGCAGCAGGAAUCAAUGCAAGGUGAUAGUGACGAGAUCCAAUGGGGUAGAAGCUGGAUUGCGAGUCGACAAGUCAUCUCAACUCAUACGAUCUGUGAUCUCUGUCUAUGAAUCCCACAAGAUUGGGCAACGAGAGCCCCAGGACGCUUAUAUACGCUUUUCACGUCUUCAGUGCCGACAGUUUAUUCAACAGAGAGAAGAAGAGAUCGCGAUAUGGCCACACCUUCCUCCUCUGGGCCUUGAUCAGAAAAAGAAGGGAGUUUUGGUCAACGGUUUGUAUCAGAGUGAAGAAUGCCCGAAGCAUUGCCUCUACGUUGUCAAUGGAUACGACGAUCUCGAAGAUCUACCUGAUCUGCUUGAUAGAAUGUCAAGGGAUGGGCCGUAUUUUGAGACAAUACAAUUACGCUCUGGUCAGUGGAACGAAGACAAACUUUGCCAUAUGAACAGCCCAGUGAAGCCGAAAGGGAAGUGGAGCACAAAGAGGGACUCAGAUUCUUUUGCUCGAUGGAUACAACUUCUAGAAACUGAGCAAACGCAACGAAAUUAUCGAACAGGGGACAGAUCAUCCUCGCCCAUGGUCCUCUCAUCGGAUGAAGAAAUCGGAAUUUGA